UUUUAGUUGCUGUUUGGUGUUCGCGCAGUCCGCACGGCUUUUUGUGUCGCGGGAGAUAUCUCCGAUUUUUUAACUGCCCAAACUGUUGGCAUUAUUACAACUUUUAUUCGCCUAAAAGGCGAUUGACCGGGAGGAGUGUUUGAUUUGCGCGGCAUUCACCAAUUCGUCAGCACUUCAGAGAAAGAAGGAGCAAUUAAGAUAAGUGAUAGUAUCAAUACAAAGGUCAACGAACUUUUGAUCGUGUAAAUUUUAAACUACAAAGUAGAGGAAAGAGGGAAAUCCCGCGCACAUCUGACAAAUUGAAAUGAUGCAAUCGAUUUAUUUUUCGGCCAAUUUCACUGGUUUGUAAUUGCUCCCAAUGGCGAAUCGGUUUGUAUAUCUUGUGGUUCGAUUUUAGCCAAGUCAUGCUAGUUGCUCACGCAACCGAAAUAAAUGAUAAUGCCGAGCAACUAUAUAUAUGUAUAUAUAUGAAUAGGUGUAGUAUAUCUUCCGAUAAAUCGGAUGAACCAGUUUGCACUGGUUUUUCGGGGCGAAAAUAGUGCAAAAGUUUCUACACUGAGGGAAAGAAGAAGUAGCUCUCAAAAUGGUUAACAUAGUGGACAGCGGGUCGAAGCAUGCGCCCCAGGAAAUGGAGCAAUUCCUGCCCGGCGAAGGAAAAGUCAUGUACAAAAUCCAACCCCGAAAGUCGGAUACCGAGCAGGCCUUGGCUGGAAAUGACUUUGAUCCUUUCGCAUUGCGGGACAAUCCGCAUCCAACAACCGAUAAUGAAACUCUCACGCAUUUGCUUAAGGCCUCCUUGGGAACCGGUAUCCUGGGCAUGCCAUUUGCCUUCAUGUGCUCCGGUCUCAUCAUGGGAAUCUUCUCCACCAUUUUCACCGCCUUUAUAUGCACGCACUGCAGUUACGUGUUGGUAAAAUGCGGACACAAGUUGUACUACAGAACUCGCCGCACCAAGAUGACCUUUGCCGAAAUUGCCGAGGCUGCCUUCCAAAAAGGACCAAAAUGGUGCCGUGGCUUCGCGCCAGUGGCCAAGUUCUCCAUCCUGUUUGGUCUGUUCCUGACGUACUUUGGCACCUGCUCGGUGUACACGGUUAUUGUGGCCUCGAACUUUGAGCAGUUGAUUUCCUAUUGGACGGGAACGGCAGUGUCGCUGCGCAUGCUCAUUUGCAUAAUGCUGGUGCCGUUGAUCCUCAUCGCCUGGGUGCCAAAUCUCAAGUACCUGGCACCCGUGUCGAUGGUGGCCAAUGUUUUCAUGGGCCUGGGACUGGGCAUUACGUUCUACUAUCUGGUCCAGGAUCUGCCACCAGUGGAGGAGCGCGAGUCCGUUGUUUGGAGCACACUGCCGCAGUUCUUCUCGAUCACCAUCUUUGCAAUGGAGGCAAUCGGUGUGGUUAUGCCGCUGGAGAACAACAUGAAGACGCCACAGAGUUUCCUCGGAAUCUGCGGUGUGCUCAGCCAGGGCAUGUCGGGCGUGACCCUUAUUUAUAUGCUGCUGGGAUUCCUUGGAUAUCUGCGUUACGGUUCCGCCACCGGUGAGAGCAUCACCCUGAAUCUGCCCAUCGAGGAGUGGCCCGCCCAGACGGUGAAGGUGCUCAUUUCCCUGGCCGUAUAUUGCACAUUUGGACUGCAGUUCUUUGUGUGCCUGGAGAUCAUCUGGGAUGGCAUUAAGGAGAAGUGCAAGAAGCGCCCGACAUUGGUCAACUAUGUGCUGCGCACAGUCCUGGUGACCGCUGCCGUUGUUCUGGCCGUGGCUGUUCCUACAAUUGGCCCAUUUAUGGGUCUCAUCGGUGCCUUCUGCUUCUCCAUUCUGGGAUUGAUCUUCCCGGUGGUCAUUGAGUUGAUUGUCCAUUGGGAGAGUGGCUUUGGUAAAUACAACUGGAUCCUGUGGAAGAACGCAAUCAUCACGUUGUGCGGCAUUGGCGCUCUUGUUUUCGGCACCCAGGCAGCCAUCAAGGAUAUUGUGAAAGCCUACAGUAAUAAUGAAAACGUCGGAGAAUAGAUACUUCACCAUUUAGGAGAGAGGCUCCGCUUUCUAGAUAAAAUCUAACUAUUGUUAGAUAUAAAACUGCGCCCACAUUUUGUACAUUUUGUCUGUUGCUUAGUGUGUCUGUUUUGAGAACCGAAAGGGAAUUAACUAGGGAUUUCUACAAUAUAUGUAUGUAGCACACUACCGAGCACCAUUAUGCCGUUUUAGCACGUUUUAGUACACUCGCGAUUAUAUAAUGUAGAGAGUAAGCUAGUUGAUAGCCGUUCAGAAACACUUUUAGAACAGUUCUGAACGAUUCAAGCGGCAUUCAAACUGGAACUUUACUAAGUGCACUUUAAUAGUUUCCUAUUGAUUUCCUAUUAAUACCAUUUAGUAUGGAUCUGUAAGAGGCUUAGUUACGUACCAUCCUCCAAAAAUCCCCACCCUUUCCUCUCUGUUCUAAAAUAGUAUUACUCCUAAAGCAAAAAAAAAAAACCAAAACUAAUGUUAUCAUGCCUUUCCCACUUUUACUUUGUUCCGUGGCAAAUUCGCGUGAUUUGCGUACAUUAUUUAACAUUUUAGCAUGUUUAGUAAGUAAGCGUAAGAAUUAGGAUUGUAAAGCCUAUUUUGCAAUCGAUCAGUUCCAAAUAUGUUGAGCUAAAUUACUCAGAGAAUACAUUUUUUUAUACGAAAUCUAGCCGAGUAAUAAGUUACAUUGAAUUGCCCCGAUAUUCACUAUGUGUAAACAUACUUAUUUUGUUGCAUACAUAUUUUUGUAUUUUAAUUAUAGCUAUUAAAGAGAAAUACUUAGCGAAACUAUCAAGUAAAUAAAACAAGAAACACAAGUUGAAACAUUUUAUUUUGCAUUUAAAAGUCUGUGCAGACAACGAAGCAGAUUUACUUGUAAAAUGAUGAAAAGUUCGAGCCGCAGAAUUAUCUGUCAUCUGUAUGUAAAUAUGUAUAUUGAUAUAUGAACGCAACGAGUACUAAGUAUAUCUGCCCAGAAAAGUAUUUAGAGUUGUCCAUAUUACAUAUUCAGAAGAACAAAGAUUGAUAUGAAUGUUUACUUUUUUGAAAAAUGUUUAAAGUGUAAACCAAGCAAAGAUAUAAAAUAUAUACACCGAAAUAAAAAGAUAUAAGAGAAUGUCAACUGAAU